AGCGCGUUUGUGUUGCAGCCUCCUCCCUGCCUCUUGCCACCUUCCUCCUUAAAAAGCGUGGCAGCCCGAUUCGGCCUUAAAUGCAGCUUUCCCGGGAAAGUAAAGCUUGCAAACGCCAACCACCCCAGCUAAGGUUUGGCCUGAUCCGGAUUGCAACCUUCUCCUGUCGUCCCAGAGUGAUGGAGGGAGAGAGAAAGUAUUGAUGGAAAGGGUUAAACUCAGAUUCCUGGGAAAUUUGAGAAGGGGGGUGGAACUGGAAGUGGUGUAAUAAUUCUCUCUCUUUCUCCCUCCCCUUCUCUUUCCUGCUUUGUUGAGAGGGUCGGAUGCCUGCUUUUGAAUGGCUGCGAGAAAAAGGUUUGGAAACAACAUGCGCAGAGUGGCUGGCCAGGUCUGCUGUGGGAACCCCGUCUUCUGAUCUAGAAGCUGUUACCCCCAAACCUUGAAUUGGGGGCUCUUCUCUCUGCGGUUCAAAGGCCACACCAGCAUUUCUGCCCCACCUUUUCCUUCAAGGAGCGCAAGGUGCUGCACAUGGUUCUUCCCUCUUCAUUUCAUCCCCACAACAACCUUGUGAGGGACCGGUCCCACUUGCCGUUCAGAAAGACACCCAGGGGAUACCGUCAGAGAAAGUCUCGGCAAAAUGCUGUAGGGUCUCCUCCUUGAACUGAACCUGUCUGUAUAGCCACAGACCCGAAACAAAAAUUUGACGUUACGAGUGUGGGAUAUUCGUCCCAAUCCCCCCCACCCUGAAGCAGAGAGAGGACACCAAGGAUCCAAGAUGGAGGAGAGGUUAGAACCCGCAGGCCAAGCACCACCACAUGGCGUCACGAUGGCAUGCCUGAAGGAGUUACCGGGCCAGGCAGCGCUGCAAAAUGGCAAGCAGCAGCUUGAGGAAUGGGCAACCCAGUGUCAGGAGUUCCUGAAGGCCCUGGACUCCCAUCGCCUAGGAUGGGGAAGCCCACCACGGUCAAAGCUUGGGCCGUGGGACGAUGCCAAGGCGUUUCUGGCUUCCUUUGAGCAAGUGGCUGAAGCCUGCCAAUGGCCUCGAGAAGAUUGGGCGGCGCGUCUCCUGCCGGCUCUCAGCGGAGAAGCCCAGCAGGCCUUUAGCGGCCUAGAAGCUGCCGAGAGGGAGGACUACAGGAAGGUGAAGGCCGCCAUCUUGCGAGGGGAAGCCAGUAGAAUGGAGGCGCUGCGGCAGCACUUCCGGCAGUUCCGCUACCAAGAAGUCGAGGACCCACGAAGGGUCUAUGGACAGCUCCAGGAGCUCUGCCAUCAGUGGCUGAAGCCGGAGAGGCGCAGCAAGGAGCAGAUCCUGGAGCUGCUGAUCCUGGAGCAGUUCCUGGCCAUCUUGCCCCAGGAAAUGCAGAGCAGGAUCAGGGCCUGGGACCCAGACACCAGCACCCAGAUGGCGGCAGAGGAGUUCCUGGUGAGUCCCCAAGAGGCCAAGGCUUGGAAAUGGCAGAUGCCGGCGGAGGAAGUGCCCACGAACCCCUCAGGAGCCAAGGGGGCACCUCAGAGGCAAAUAUACAUAGAGGCUGAUGAGAAAGCAGAAAAAGACCUCUGUUCGCUGGCCAGCGGAAUAAUGUCGCCAAGUCAUCCCAGUCCGGUGCUUCCUCCCAAAGAACAAGAAAUAGUCAACACUGAGCUUUCUGAGGGAAGUGUGAAUUUGAACGAGGUGACUGUGGCUUUGGGCAGUGCUGAGUGGGCAGUGCUGAACACCAGUCAAGGAACCAUGCAUUGGGAAGUCAUGCAGGAGGACUCUGAGGACAUCAGCUCUCUAGGAGGGUUUGUGAUUCCCAAACCAGAGGCUGUAUCCCAAAUGGAUAAAGGAGACAUGGGUUUCAUCCAGGACUCUGAGGAUGGCGAGGUAUUUGCAGAAAGCAUCUCAGAUGAUGAAGAACUUCAAAUCAAGAAGGAGAGUCCUCCGCAAGGAGGCAGAGAGCCGGAUGAAAUCUACAGCAUGUCGCUGGAAAUAUCCCACGGGAAGGCUUCUCUGGUGGCCGAGAUUCAUGAGCAAGGAUGCGAAUCUGACGAGCGAUGGGGGAGAAAGCCGGCGGAGGGAUGGGGUGAAUUAAACGAAGUGGCAGAAAGUCACGGAGCAGUGAAGGAAACCUCGAGACAUGCACGGGUGAAUAAAUUUCUGUACUCGAAAGGCGGGAAAUGGUACCGAUGCAAAUCCGGACUGGUUGCAAACCAGAGUGUCCAUUCCGCAGCCCUGCCUUACGAGUGCAUCGCGUGCGGGAAGCGUUUCCAGAAGAAGAAUUACCUGGCGAAACACCAGAGGAUCCACGCGAGGCCCAAGGUGUACCAGUGCUCCGAGUGCGGGCAGAGCUUCAGCGGGCGAGAAGGGUUCGUCCGGCACCGAGGGACGCACACAGGGGAGAAGCCUCACGAGUGCCCUCAGUGCGGGAAGUGCUUCAGCCAGAGGGAGAGCCUGAUACGGCACGAGAAGAUCCACACGGGGAAGAAGCCGUACGAGUGUCCCGAGUGCGAGAAGAAGUUCUGCCGGAGGGACUCGCUGGUAAGGCACCAGAAGAUCCACACAGGGGAGAAGCCGUACGAGUGUCCCGAGUGCGGGAAGAGCUUCAACCAAAAAGAGGUGCUGCUCAGGCACCAGAGGAUCCACACGGGAGAGAAGCCCUACGGGUGCCAGGCCUGCGGGGAAAGCUUCACCCAGAGAGCCAUACUGAACAGACACGAGAAAACCCAUCUGGGGGAAAAGGCCUUGUUAAUACUCUGAGAAUUAAUGUGGCUCUCAAAGAUGUGCUGGCCGUGUGUAUUUUGUGUGUGUGUGACAGACACAGACCUUUUUGUAAGCUGCGGAUAAUGCCUAUGUUUUCAGAGCUAUUCGGAGCAAUAGCUCAAGAGCUGUGAGCCUGGCGCUGGUUCCUGAAUUCUGGAUGUCCUCAGACAAGAGCCGCCUCAUUGGGUACUAGAAGAGGUGGGCAGGGCCAACUGAGAAUUCUCUUGCUGGCCACGCCCCUUUUGGGAGAAGCCAUUAAUGAUAGAAUCUUAGAAUUGUAGACUUGGAAGUAAUACAAAGGGUCACUUAGUCCAACUUCCUGCAAUGCCGGAAUCUCAGCUGAAGCAUCCAUGACAGAUGGCUCCAACCUCUGCUUAUAAACCUCCAAGGAAGGAGAAUCCCAUCACCUCCUGAGGGAGACUGUUCCACUGUCUAACAGCUCUUACUGCCAGAAAGUUCUUCCUGAUGUUUCAUUUGAUUCUCCUUUCUUGUAACUUGAAGCUAUUUGUUUGGGUCUUAACCUCUGGAGCAGGAGAAAGCCAGCUUGCUCCAUCUUCCACAUGGCAGCCCUUUGCUUUUUCCUGCUCUGGAUGGGGGAAGGACCAGAACCAAUGGAUUCACAAGAAAGGAGAUUCCGACUAAAGACCAGGAAGAACUUUCUGGCAGAAAGAGCUGUUUGACAGUGGAACUAUCUUCCUCGGAAGGUGGUGGACUCUCCUUGCUUGGAGGUUUAUAAGAAGACGUUGCAGGGCCACCUCCCAUGGAUGCUUUAGUUGCGAUUCCUGCAUUGCCGGGGGUUGGACUAGAUGACCCUUUGUAUCCCUUCCAAGUCUACAGUUCUAGGAAGAUCAAUUAUUAUUAUUACUGGGGGUCUAGUAAACACCUGUUUUCACAAACGCUGCUCAUCGCUAUAUCCCUUUCUCCAGCAGAUGACAACUUUUAAUUCAUGAAGGCUGCAGUCUCUCUCUCCCCCCCCCCCCCACACAGCAACACUGUUGAAAUCCUGAAGUCACUCACUUCAACAGCAAUACCACACCAUUUCAUAGGAAAACAUUCUAAAGGCUGCUUCACUAUUGAUCGGUUUCUCCUACCUCUUUCUUCUUCCCUGUUUUUGGCAAUUUACUAAUAUUAUCGUGCGAGAGUGCAUGUGUAUGUUUUCCUCCAUCUUUGGCUUUUCGCUUAAAGGUUUUUAAAUUGUUCCUGGUUUUUACACUAUUUUCUACGCAACUUGGAGCGGUUUUGAAAACGAAAUAAAACAAGAGCUGCCUAAGAUUUAUAUAUGUAUAUAUAAAAUAUAAAUAAAUAAAUAAACGUUA